AUGGCCGGCAGAGACGAGAACGAAUUGAAUACCGAUGGGGAAGGAACCAGGAGAGAUUCUAUUUCGACCCACGGGUGGUCCGCUUCUUCAACAAUCUUUUCUAGUUCCCGAUUGAUGGGCGAGGAAGAUGUCUUCAGAAGCGGCAAUUUCAGCGAGGACACUUUCAGGGAGUUAAAUCUCGCGCAUGUGCGAUCGAGCUCUGAAUACUCAUCCAGAUCACACGCUGUCGAAGACGCGGCCGUCCACGAGUUCAUUGCGACCGGAGAUGGUAAUAGGAGCCAGUUUCAAUUCUAUCAAACAGAGUCAACAUCUCCUCACUUCUUCUCCACUACUAGGACUGUUGAAGAGCAUGCUGAAUCAAGGCAGUCCGAGAUGGUAGAAAGAAACUUCUCCUCCUCCACAUCGAGGGCCGCUAACCAGGAGGUGGCUUCUGAAGUGCGAAGUUAUAGUGGAUAUACGGAAGGCACGGCAGUUAUAUCUCAAGUGCAUAAUGCGUCCUUUCAGAAUGCUGAAGUAAUGCAGUCUGAGAUGAUGGAAAGAAACAUCUCUUUCUCUAACCCCCAGCACUCGCUCUCGGAAGCUACAUCGGCCUCGGGAUUCACUCAAAGGGAGGCGGCUACUGAAGCGCAAAUCUCUGAAGAUUAUGCGGAAGCAACGUCAACUCAGAGGCAGGAUACCUCUCAUGAGAAUGCUGGAGCUAUGCACUUUGAGAUGCUAGACAGUUCUAUUUCGUCUGCCAAUAUGCAUUUGGGAAACCCAAACGCAGCAUCAGAAUACAGAGUUGCUGAAAGGGAGGGGGCUGCUGAAGCGCAAAUCCAUGAGGGACAAUUGCAAGAAACAUCAACUCAAGGGCAGGAUACGUCCUCGGGGCUCCUGUCCACGUCACGGUUCACCCGGGAAAUUCCUCAAGCACAGGGGACCAUAUCAUCCAACCAGAGCACUAUACAAUCACAUACCGAGUCUAGGAUAGAGACCAAUGAAUUGGAGGACCGCAAUGGCACAACGAACCAUACGGACGGCCACAACGACACGAUAGUUCAUGCGCAGACCGCUUCAUCGGAAUUGAUUAUUACAGAAACCCUUGAUAACGUAGGGGCCGAAGCCGACGUUGAUAAGUCCCCCCCUCAGACUGUGACACCGGAUCUUGCUUUCUGGGAAACAAGAAUCAACAUGAUGAAUGGAACAACUCAAAGAAGCGAAAGAAGCAAAGGGACCUUUCUCAUAUCACACGCGGAACCUACGUCGUUCCCACUAACCAUCGCACCCGCAGUGAAGGAGCAAGAGAUGGAAAGUGGGAUAACCGACUCUCGAGAAGCCAAAGAAGACGAUACUUAUGCGACUGCUAGGCAUAUGGACCAAAGUGUGUCUAUUAGUCCUGCGAUAGUGGCUGACCAAGGAGUAACGGAGGAAGAUGCGGCUUCAGGAAAAGCAGUUGAAGAAGAUCCUCUUCUUCAACAUACUGCGCCCGCUUCGUCCUCGGAAGUGGUGCACACAGUAGAAGAGAAAGAGGUUUCAUGCGACAUAAGCCAUCAUGACAGCAUUGCGGUUGAUGAGGGAAAUUCGACAUCCGAAGCUGGAUCUCUAUCAGGAAAACAAUCCGCAAUGGGAGACGAAAAGAAUAGCAAGACCUUAAUACGUACAAAGACUUGCGCUGCCUUGGAUCCAACCGAAAAACUACAUCUCACCAAGCUUGCAAAUGAUCAAGUUGUUGCUCGUGUCACUCAAUUGACCAAUGUCUCCCCGGGCGAGCCGUAUCUUAACCCAGAGAGCCGAGAUUUCAGUUUAUACAGGUGGCUCAGAAAGAUGAUGUGCAUGCUUAAUCGGGGCACACAUAACGACCUAUCGGCAACGACAUUUCAAAACCUGCAUGUUCUAGGACUUAGGCCCGAGGCUCGUAAAUUGACGGCUCUGGGCGUCUUCUCUGCCCUACUGCGGCCGCGAGAUAUAUUCAGUCUGGGCCGGAAAUCCCCCAAGAGUAUCGUACGGAAUCUAAACGGCGUCAUAAGCAAUGGGGAACUGCUGCUUAUCUUAGGACGACCUGAAGCAGGGUGCAGUACGGUCGCAAAAACAUUGUGUGGGAAGCUUGAUGGCUUGAAGCUAGAUCCUGAAUCGGUCUUCCAUUACCAUGGCAUUUCACACCAACAGACACUGGAGAAUGUCAAGAGAGCAAGUCUUUACAACUGCGGAACCGACAAACACUUUCCAUAUUUGACAGUUGGCCAGACUUUGGAGUUCGCAGCAUCAAUUCGAGCUCCCACCGAAAGACUUCAGGGAAUAACACGGACAGAAUAUGCAAAAGCUAUAACGAAAGUUGUUGUAGCCGUAUUCGGCCUGAGUCACACGUAUAGCACUAAAGUCAAAGACGUGACAGAGGGUGAGCGCAAGCGAAUUAGUAUUGCCGAGAUAAUCCUGUCGGGAGCAUCUUUAGCUGCAUGGGACAAGUCAACUCAGGGCCUAGCUUCAACAGAGGCAUUGAAGUUUGUGCAGUCUUUGCGGCUGGCAGCAGAUUUGGGUUCAUCUUCCCAUGUUGUGGCCGCCUAUGAAGCUAGCGAAGCAAUGUAUGAUCUAUUUGACAGAACUCUGUUGUUGUACGAAGGCCACCAGAUAUUCAUCGGCUCUUCUUCUGAGGCUAAGGGCUUUUUCGAGCGCCAAGGGUGGUAUUGCCAUCCACACCAGAGUACUGCCGAAUUCCUAACUUCAAUUACCAAUUCAACGGAGAGGCAGCCACGUCGGGGUAUGGAGAACAGAGUUCCCCGAACCCCGAGAGAUUUUGAGACGUACUGGUGCCAGUCCCCAGAGCAUCAAGAGCUACAAAGGGAGAUGGGUGGUCAUAAGCAGAUUGCGGGUUCUCACUCAAGAGAACGCCUGCUCGACCCUAAGCUGGAUGAAGAACAGAAACAGCUAGGAAAGACGCAGUUUGGUUCGCAAUAUCCCGGUAUAAUGCUGCAAGUAAGACUCACUACCAUUCGCGCUUUUCAGCGAGCUUGGAACGAACGUGCUUCAGCAGCAUGCAAGAUCACAGUGAACUUCAUUAUAGCCCUGCUGAUCGGCUCAAUGUUUUACAAUACACCUGCAACGACCGCUGGAUUCUUCUCGAAGGGUUCCGUGCUUUUCUACCUAGUGAUGCUCAACUCCUUCCUGCCACUAAAAAAGUUGAGCAGUCAACUUUCCCAGCGUCCGGUGGUGGAAAAGCAUGCCUCAUUUGGCUUCUAUUACCCCAUGGCCGAAUCACUCGCCAUUUUAUUGAGUGAAAUCCCCAAGAAUUUUCUUCUCGUCCUUGUGAACACUAUUGUCAUAUACUUCAUGAGCAACCUUCGCCGCGAACCUUCGCAAUUCUUCAUAUGCUUCCUGAUCAACUUCGUGUUGAUCCAUGUGGCUAAUGCAGCCUUCCGGAUGACGGCAGCAGUGACGAAGACACUUGUGCAAGUACAAGCCCUCGCUGGGAUGCUGGUACUUUGGGUUUUCAUAUUUACGGGCUUCAUUAUCCUGGAGCCUCGAAUGCCUCAUUGGUUCGAAUUUGUCCAUGAUAUCAAUCCCAUCUAUUACGCUUAUGAAGCCCUAGUCGCCAACGAGUUCCACGGUCGGGAGUUUGGAUGUGCUGAAUUCGUACCCUCUCAGCCCAACCUCCAGACGAAUGCAUAUAUCUGCGCAGCCGUGGGAGCUGUUGCUGGCCGUCGUACUGUUAGUGGUGACGACUAUAUCUGGCAGACCUACAAGUAUACCUACGACCAUGUGUGGAGAAACUUUGGUAUUCUUUUUAUUUUCCUGGUCGGUUGGAUGGGUCUUUAUUUCGUUGCGACGGAGUUCAUUGCACAUUCAACUAUUCAUUUCGGAAGCAAAUCGGCUUACCUCAGGCACGAAGAGCAUCGCAAACAGGACGAAGAAGCUGGAAAAGAUUCGGUGACUCCAGACCAAGAUACCACUGGCAAUGCGAGACAGAAUGAUUUCGGUUUCAUUGAACCUCAGCGCAAUGACUUGAGCUGGCGCGAUGUGAUAUGCGAAAUCCACACAAACAGUGGAAACCAUCGGAUUCUGGACCAGGUAACUGGCUGGGCAAAGUCAGGAACGAUCACGGCGUUGAUGAGUCAUAACAGUGUCCAGGAGUCUGAACUACUGAAGGUGCUAGCGCAGCGUUUCACAACAGGUACUGUUAGUGGAGACAUACUCUUCAACAACUGCCUUCUGAGCUCGAAUUUCCAGCGGAAGAUAGGUUAUGUUGAACAACAGGAUAUCCAUUUGGAAACGGCGACUGUUCGCGAGGCUUUGCGGUUUAGCGCAGUGCUACGACAACCACACUCCGUCUCCAAGGAGGACAAACACACGUAUGUUGAGCAAAUAAUCAAGGCGCUAGAAAUGGAGGACUAUGCCGACUCUGUCGUUGGAGUGGUUGGAGAAGGCUUGAACGUCAAGCAGCGGAGGAUCUUAAGUAUAGGAGUGGAAUUGGCUGCGAGACCAGAGAUUCUGUUAGUGGAAGAGCCUGUCAGCGGUCUCGACGUGCAAAGCUCACGCGCAAUAUACCGUAUUCUCCAGAAGUUGACAGACACCGGACAGACGAUACUCUGUACGCUGCAACCCAGCAUGAUGGCAUUCAAGCAAGUAGACCAGCUCCUCUUCCUCUCCAACGAGGGUAGAACUGUAUACUUCGGAUCCACCGGCGACAAUGCGCAGCCUUUGCUGGACUAUCUCGAAUCCAACGGUGCCUCCCGGACCGUCAGACAAGACGAAGAUCCUGCCGAAUACAUAAUCGAGAUUCUCUCUACCACCACUAACAAACACGGGGAGGCCUGGUCCGAUAUCUGGGCCAAAAACAACCAAGUUGACCCCAUCCACGAAGAAUUCGCGAGUGUUCACACGCAGAACAACAACCCAACAGACGACAACAAGUUCGCCACACCUCUACACCUCCAAUUCCCCAUCGUCUUCCGCCGAACCCUCCAACAAUACUGGCGCUCACACCUCUCCAUCCUAUCAAGAAUCCUCCUCCAAAUAAGCGCCGCCCUCAUCAUCAACUUCUCCCUCUACAAACACGGCACCUCAAUCAGCGGCCUCCAAGAAACCAUCUUCUCCGCAUUCAUGAUCUGCACUCUCUUCAUCCCGAUCGUCCACCAAACCCUCCCCCUCCUCACCAAAAACCACACAAUGUACCAAACUCGCGAACGCCUCACCAAAACCUACUCUAGCAGAAUCCUCAUCCUAUCCCUCAUCCUGACUGAACUCCUCUACCAAAUCCCCCUCAGCAUCUGCAUCUGGGCAAUCUACUACUACCCCAUCUCAAACACCACCACCCAAUCAUCCCCCCGCCAAGGCCUCGUCCUCCUCUUCUUCAUCCAAUUCUUCAUCUACGCUAUCUCCUUCGCCCUCCUCACCAUCUCCACCUCAACCCUCAUACUAGCCAUCUGCACAUUCAUGGCCCUCACCUUCAACGGCGUCAUGCAACCACCCCACGCUCUCCCCGGCUUCUGGAUGUUCAUGUACCGCGUCUCCCCAUUCACGUACUUCGUCGCCGGCGUAACUUCUACCCAGCUCCAUGGCGUGGCGGUUAAUUGCAGCGCUGCAGAGAUGGCGGUGUUUGAUCCGCCUUCAGGACAGACUUGUGUUGAGUAUCUGGGUGGUUAUCUGAAGACGGUGCCCGGGCGGUUGAUGAAUCCCGAUGCGAUGACGAGUUGUGAGUAUUGUCCGUACUCGGUUGCGGAUCAGUUCCUCGCGGAGCGGGAGUAUCGGUUUGAUCGGAGGUGGAUGGAUUUUGGCGUGGGAUGGGCUUUUGUGGGGUUUAAUUUGGGGGUUGCUGUGUUGGUUUAUUAUGUCUUUUGGGGGAGGAGGUGGAGGUGGAGAUUGGGGGCUUGGGAGAAGGUUGUGAUGUGGUGGACGAGGGUUAGAAGGUAGGGUGGUUAAUGGUGGGGAUAUUUAAUGUGUAAUCGUAUCCUUUGUGGGCAGUUGGUUUUACUAUUUCGG